AUGGGUUGCGAUGCUCUCAAGGAGAUUACAAUUGUUAUCGCGGAUGGAGAAAAGGUCACUGUUCAGGACUGUGGCAAUGGUGACCCCAAGAAAGAUAUACUCUUUUGGGCGCUUUGCGGAGCGGGCGGCGGCAACUUUGGAGUCGUGGUUAAAAUGAAGUUGCAGUUCAAAAGCUCCAAUGCGACAAAAUUGUGGCUGGAAGAUAUACUUGGAGGCCAUAUGAAGAUCCGGAAAAGAUGGAAAACUUUAUGGAGACGAUGCAAAGGUUUUAUACGACUGCUUGGCCAAACCACCGCACCAUUAAUAGCUCCUGGCUGUGCGAUCCUUCGCAGAUCAACAUUGGUGUCAGGUUUCUUGUCUGCCAUGAUGGCCAUAAAGCCGAAUUCGAAAAACUCAUCAAAGGAAAUAUCAUCGACGAAGAUUUAUUCUUCAUUUGUCUUCAAAAAAUAA